AUGGCUGGCUUUCCCCUCCACUACCCGUCCGCCCGCGAGUUGACGGGCGGAGACCUAUUAGCCCAGUCACUGAAGCAGCUCGGUGUGGAAGUUGCCUUCGGGCUUCAUGGGGGGCACUUGGAUGCGUUCCUCAUGGGCUGUGAGGAAAUCGGAAUACGCCUGAUCGAUACGAGACAUGAAGCCGUGGCUGUUCAGGCUGCGGAGGGAUAUUGUCGGAUCAGUACAAAGCCUGGAGUCUGUUUUGUGACUGCUAACAGCGGUUUUUCGAAUGGCCUUGCUGGUCUUGCCACUGCGUAUGGUGAUCGAAGUCCGAUUCUGUGUAUAACUUCGUCUCCUCCGAUUCGAGAUACGGAAAACAACUCCCUUCAAGGGUCGAUCGAUCAGGUUGUUGCGGCCCAUCCCAUAACCAAAUUUGCGCAUCGUGUUGUAGCGCCGGAGGAGUGUCCAAGAAUUGUAUCUCAUGCCUUUCGACUUGCUCAAUCUAGUCCACCUGGUCCUGUUCUUCUUGACUUUCCUAUCGAUGUCUUGUUUUCUCCCGUUCAUCCAAAACUCAUCUCUUGGGGAUCAAUCACAUCCCCUAAAUCAUAUCCGCCCGGACCACAUCGUGAUGCGAUCGAUGCAGCGGCUCAAAUGAUAACUAAUGCAAAAAGGCCUGUAAUUAUUACUGGGACGGGCGCAAGGACUUUUGAGACACGAGAAAGUCUCUUCAAGCUGGCUGAAACUUGCAGUAUUCCGGUAUUCAACACAUCAAAAUAUGCCUCAUGUCGCCCACAAUCAGUAAUGCUUUGUCGAGGAACGGCUGGGGUUUUGGGACAACUACAGUCUGCCCAGAUUCCUCGACCAGACCUGAUUCUACUGCUGGGCGCUAGAACAGGAAUGUUCCUCGGGGGCAGAAACGGUGCUAUUAUUCCAGACACGGAUUGUGCAUUGAUUCAGGUCGACUGCGACGGUGGUGAAAUUGGACGGUCAUUGCCGGUUGACCUUGGUGUUGUUUCUGACAUUGAAGCUUUCACAUCAGCAAUGAAUAGGAAGUUAGGCACUGCAUACCAAGGCUCGGUCGAUAAAUUUUGGGUCCAGGCAGUUCUUAACUUGUCAUUAGCAGAGCCUCCCUACGAGAGGGAGCCCAAGGAGAUUUCUCCAGGCCAUCUACAUCCAUACCAUGCAUUAAAAUACCUCUUCUCCGCCGUCGACCCGGGGAGUAUAAUUGUUCUGGAUGGUGGGGAAGCGAGCGUUUGGGCGGGUGAUCUCGCGUGGCGUAGCCAGCCCAGCAUAGUCAUGACUGCUACAGGUUAUCUCGGCUUUCUUGGUAACGGCUUUGGGUAUACGCUAGGCAGUGCAAUUGCCGCUCCCGAUCGGAAAGUCGUCAAUAUCCAGGGUGAUGGAUCCGCAGGCUUUCACUUGAUGGAACUCGACACGUACAAGAGAUUCAAUCUUAAUGUGAUGACAGUUGUUGUGAACAACUCCACUUGGGGUAUGAGCAUUAACGGGCAAGAUCUCGUAUAUGGAGACGGCACUCAUCUACGGCCUAUCAGCUCUCUGAACCCUAAUACCGAGUACGAUAUCGUUGCAAAGGGCUUGCAGAAUGCCGCUGCAAAGAUAGAUCGCAUAGCCGAUAUUCAACACACCGUUGCACACCUUCAAAGCCUGCCUGGCCCAAGUUGCAUCAACCUCAUAGUGGACCGAAAGCCAGUACAUCCUGUUACAACGGCGAUGGUUGGGCUCACCGAUACCCCCAAUGCCGUCUCCGUGCCAUAUUAUGACAACAUCCCCCGGGCUCAUUAUAAUAUUUGA